GCUCAGCAUAACUCAGCUGAACUCCCAUCUCCCGUCAACAUGCCCUACAACUCGUGCUCUGGAAACUUCUCCUCCCGCUCUUUUGGGGGCUACCUGCGCUACCCAAGCUCCUCCUGUGGCUCUUCCUUCCCCAGCAACCUGGUCUACAGCACUGACCUUUGCUCCCCCAGCACCUGCCAGCUGGGCUCCUCUCUCUACAGUGGCUGUCAGGAGACCUACUGUGAGCCCACCAGCUGCCAAACGUCCUAUGUGGUGUCCAGCCCCUGCCAGACGUCCUGCUACCGCCCGAGGACCUCCUUGCUCUGCAGUCCCUGCCAGACAACUUACUCUGGAUCUCUGGGCUUUGGGUCCAGCAGCUGCCGCCCCCUGGGCUAUGGAUCAAGGAGCUGCUACUCCCUGGGCUGUGGAUCCAGCGGCUUCAGACCCCUUGGUUACGGAGGCUGUGGCUAUGGGUAUGGAUGCAGCCGCCCAACCUACUUGGCUUCUAGGAGCUGCCAGUCUUCUUGUUACAGACCAACCUAUAGAUCAACUUUCUGUAGAUCAACUUGCUGAAUUUCACGACCUUGAAAGCAAAAUGUCUUAGUCUCUACUUAGGGCUGCUAUCAUAGGUUUCUGCAGCAGUGUUAGCUAACUUCUCUCACCUUCAACUCUUCAUCCUUUCUCUGGCAUCUAGCACUGGCUGACAAACUAGCUCUUUCAGACUGUGAAAUUAAUGAAUAGCCAAAAUAGAGUCAAAUGUCUGUAAUUUUGAAACAAG